CCCAAACCAAAAGGAACACUUUUCUCCACUGAUAUCUGUUGCAAGAUACUAAGAUUAGAUUCAGCAGACCACUUAUAUAGCACUCUUCCUCUUAUCACUUUGGAUUUGAUCUCUUUUGUUGAUGGUUGAGCUCAAUUAAUCAAUAUUAGGUUUUUAUGAGUUUACUUUCAACUAAAAGUAUACUUGGGAAUAGCGGUUUAAUCAGAGCGUCUUUUGUUAGAAGAAUACAACUCCAGAAAAGAUUGUAUGGAUAUUUGUUUGUAAACAAAGUGGAAAAAAUGUCAGUCGAAGAAUUAAAAGAUCAUCCAGUGGAUAAUAAUAAAAAGAGAACCACAUCCAAGCUAUCAAGAUCAAACUCUCCUGUUGGAAAAAGGAUACACAACAUUGAAAAUUUUUCAGGCAAUCACAUUAAUAAAGAUAAUAAUAAUGCUAAUAAUAAUGUUAAUAAUAAUGUUAAUAAUAAUGUUAAUAAUGAAGAUAAUAUUAAUGUUAAUAGUAAAAUCAAAAACACUCAAAUAGACAAUGCUUCGAAUGAAGCAAAAAACCCAAGGCAAGAAUUGAAAAAAACAACCAAAUCAAAGAGAAAAUAUCGAGCUAAAAAAGUAGAAUCUACAUCACCUAUUGGAGUUUUGCAACUUGAGAUUGACGAAUUAAUUAAUAAAAGAAAUAUCGAUAAAUCAUUAAUUUCAACGGAUGUAAAUAAAAUUUUGAAUAAUUCUGAUUUGGCUACGAAAUUCAACAGGGUUGUCGAAAACGUUAAGGUAUUAGAAUUAACCUCAAAUGGUGAUGGGUUAGCCUUGAUCAAAAAUCCAGAAAUUGAAAAUGGGUUUCAAGUUGUUUUAAUUCCUUUUGCUUUACCUGGUGAAAUUGUUAAUAUUAGAAUAUUUAAAACUCAUCCUUUAUAUUGCGAGUCUGAUCUAUUAAAAAUUGCUGAACCAUCAAAAUUAAGAAAUGAUUCGCUAAUCAAUUGCAAAUAUUUUGGUAGAUGUUCAGGUUGUCAAUACCAGCAGCUAGAUUAUAACUCCCAACUAAUAUUCAAAAAAAAUACUAUUGAAAAUGCUUACAAAUUUUUUGCUAAAAAUUUAAUAGCAAAUAAUAAAAUUCCUAAAAUUGAUGAUACAAUUGGAUCACCUUUACAAUACUUUUAUAGAACAAAAUUGACCCCUCAUUAUGAUAUUCCAAGGAAAUUUAAUCCAGAGACAUCUCCUGUGCCUACAUUAGGUUUUGGAUCCAAAGGUAGACCAGAAUUUAGAGAAACUGCUGGAGGUAAUUUUCCGAUUUUGGAUAUUGAAGAAUGUUCAAUUGGAACUGAAAUCAUAAAUAUAGGAAUGAAAAAUGAACGAAAGAAUUUUAAAAAAAUCUAUAAAACAAAGAGAAAAGGUGGAACAAUUUUGUUGAGAGAAAAUACGAGAGUCUUACCGAAUGAAUUGGUACAAGAAAUCAAAAAUAAUGAGAACAAUGAAAGUAAUGAAAGUAAUAAUCCAAAGUUUAUCGAUUUUUUAAAUCAAGAAAAUGGCUCAAAAGAUCUUUCUAAUGGCAACUUGUCUUAUACCAAAUCCAAAAAUGAAGUUUCAAACCAACACUUGAUUAAAAGUUGUACAACAGACACAAGACAAAUUGUAACUGAGAACAUUAAUGGGUUUGUUUUCAAUUUUUCUGCAGGAGAAUUCUUUCAAAACAAUAACUCGAUAUUACCAUUAGUCACUGGAUAUGUUCGUGAUAAUUUAAAAAUAAAGAAUAACAAAACGGGGGAAAAUUAUCUUAUAGAUGCAUAUUGUGGAUCUGGGCUAUUCAGUAUAACUGCUUCAAAAGAUGUUAAAAGGGUGAUUGGAGUUGAGGUUUCCAAAGAUAGUGUGAAGUUUGCAGAAAAGAAUGCUCAAAUGAAUAAUAUCAAAAACACUUUAUUUAUAGCAGGAAAAGCAGAAAAAAUAUUUGCAUCUGUUGAUACCCCAUCCAAACAGACAUCAGUAAUUCUCGAUCCUCCAAGAAAAGGUUGUGAUGAAUUAUUUUUGAAUCAAUUAUCAGAUUAUAACCCGGCUAAAAUUAUUUAUAUUUCUUGUAAUGUUCAUUCUCAAGCCAGGGAUAUCGAAUUUUUCAUCAAUAGUACUACAAAUGGGAAAAACUAUGUUGUUGAGAAUAUAAGAGGGUUUGAUUUCUUUCCCCAAACACAUCAUGUUGAAAGUGUUGCUAUUUUAGUUUUAAAAUAGAAUCGGGUCUUUUGUUUUGGUAAAAUACAUCUUUUCAUUUUUAUUUUCAUUUUCUUGUUUGUUUGUUUUUAUCUUGAUUCUUUUUUUCAUUUUCAGCCAUUGUAAUAUACUUUUUGUUUCUUAUCUUAUCUUAUCUUAUCUCG